AUGUAACGCGCGCUCAAAUGGAUAUCAAACAUAGAGCAUGUCGACUAUCAGCCUCUAGGACAUUGGUUAUAUUUUUGCUGUUUUAUAUAUCAACGUUGUUUUUAAUAUUUAUGGCGUUAGAUAAACAAUUUUCGAUGCCAUUAUUAGACACGAGGGAAAUGCACCAGGAGGGUGCAAAACACGUGCAUUUAAAUGAGAAUAAAGUGCGCAUGCGCGAAGCAAAAUUAUUGAAGGCGUUAAAAGAACUUACUAGUAUCAUAGAAUAUGGAAUGGCACAGUCAAAAUCAAAUAUAGAAAUUGAAGAAAUUGUUAAUGAAAUAUACGCAAGUAACAAACAUAUUAUCAGUGAAAAUAAUGAUUUUGACGGAAGCUUAACCCUUACUGCAGAGAUGGAACAACUAUUAGAGAAGCUGAAAUCCAAAAUUAAGGAAAUGGGCAACACAUCAUUUGACAUACACGAAGGUCGACUAAUAGUUGACCCAAAUUUGCACCCAGUGUUGGAUGAUUUACGCAUAGAACGCAGUCGACUUGAAAUGGAAAUAAAGCAAAAGAGGGACAUACAAGCGCACGAGAAAGAGGUCAAUGCAGACGACAAAAUAAAAGUAUCCGAGCGCAAGACAACCCGACCAACCAAACCAGAUAAACCGACACACACUGAAGAAAAACAAAUUCUUCUGCAAAGCAGUGCUUUCGAUGGUGACGAACAGUUUUGGAGCGCCCGGGCAGUAGUGCCACCACUUCCGGAUGCCGUGUACGAUCCACAGCCACCUGGGGCGCAAGGCGAGAAUGGCGAAGGCGUAAAGACGGAUUAUAAAAAUGAGUCUGACAACCGGAAAUACGAGGAAGGCAUGCGCAAGCACAGCUUCAAUGAAUAUGCAAGCAGCCUCAUUUCCGUGCGACGUUCCCUUCCCAUGCACAAGGCUUCAGGCUGCAAAACGAUCCCGACUUCCGGUUUACAGCCCACGAGUGUCAUCAUAUGUUUUCACAACGAGGCUUGGUCUGUAUUACUACGCACUGUGCACAGUGUCUUGGACAGAUCACCGCCCGAGUUGAUAAAAGAAAUAAUCCUUAUCGAUGAUUUUUCAAAUAUGGAUCAUUUAAAAGAGCCCCUAGUAUACUACAUGUCGCUCCUCAAAAAGGUGCGCAUCAUCAGAACGAGGCGGCGGGAGGGGCUGAUCCGGGCGCGGCUGGUCGGCGUAGGGGCAUCUCGGGCACCUGUACUCACGUUCCUGGACUCCCACAUUGAGUGCUUCCCCGGCUGGCUCGAGCCGCUUCUGGACCGCGUCUCCGCGGACCCGACCGUGGUGGUGGCGCCCGAGAUCUCAAUGAUCAGCGCCACGCAGUUUUCCGUUGGGUUCGGUUCCGGAGGCUCCAUGGGCAUCCUGCAGUUCCCGGAACUCACCUUCAACUGGAUGGGUUUACCGGCCCGGGAAAAGAAGCGACGGGCCUCGCUCGCAGACCCCAUCCGAACGCCGACCAUCGCAGGUGGUUUGUUCUCCAUCAACAAGGAAUUCUUCUUCAAGAUGGGCACUUACGACGAGGGCAUGGACAUCUGGGGAUAUGAGAAUGUCGAGAUCUCACUCAGGAUCUGGAUGUGCGGAGGCUCGCUGGAGAUCCACCCCUGCUCCACCGUGGCUCACGUGUUUAGGUCCAAGAGCCCGUAUGACUGGGGCCGCAGCUACUCCGAAAUCCUGCGUCACAACGCCGUACGUCUGGCCGAGGUCUGGUUGGACGAUUACAAACACUUCUAUUAUGAAUCCAUUGCAUAUCAGCUGGGAAACUAUGGUAACGUGACUGACCGGAAGAUGCUACGUGAGCGCCUCAAAUGUCACUCCUUCCAGUGGUACAUCGACAACGUAUUUCCGGAAGUGAAACUACCGGUGAAGAGUCGCCUGGUUGGACAGUUUAAAGCAGCACUGGCCCCCAAUCUUUGCCUGGACAGCAUGAGUCCUGUUGCUAGUGGUAACGAGGUGAAACUGUACCAGUGUCAUGAUGUAAACGGUAACCAGCUAUGGCGGUACACGGUUCUGGACACGCUCAGUAUAGGGACGGGCUGUCUCACCUACUGGCAAUCUAACACGAGCAUGUUGACCUUCAACGAGUGUCAGGGGAACAAACCAGGGCAGAAGUGGACUAGACUAGAGGAUGGUAGAUUUAUUGCCAACUCCACGCAGCUGUGUCUGACUCGCAACCCUCCCAUUUCACUUUCAUUGGCGACGUGUGACACGAAAAACAAGGACCAGUUUUGGGACUUCGUUAAAGCAUUUGAAGUGCAAUUGCAUUAAUUUGGUGUAUAAGAUUAGUUUUGCAUAUAUUACUACUUAAAUAAGAUCCAAUGACUGCUAGUUACUGUGUUGGCGCAUCCUUAAAAUAUAAAACUUAAAUAAUUGAGCAACCUUUAUUGCACAAUCGGAAGUGGCAUUAACAUUAAGUGAAUCUGAGCCAUUUUUGUUCAAUUCAAAUGGAUACUAAUUGUACUUUUAGUGACUCGUGUUGAGCCUAAGUUGGUAACUCUUACGCGAUAACUACCCCACGAUCUAACUUAUCUUACCAGGGACAUAUGAUCCGCGUCCUGGGAAAACCGGGCUUAUAAGCGGUGUACACAGGCUUAUCAAGGACGACGCUUUCCGCUAAAUAGUAUAAUUCUUUUAAAGAAACUUCUAAACGAACAACCAGUUAAGGCGUAACGUGACCUCUCUGAUUAGCAUAGAUGACUGAACAGGGCACGUGUAAUCUGCGACAACACUCGCGCAUGCGUUAAACUUAGCUUUCCCACAACGUGGCUCUUAUCCUUAUAUCCGUGACGUAGCCAAAUGAACUGUUGAGGGUAAAGACCAUCUCUUUCUUGGAGUAUUGAAAUCAGUUCAAAUGUUGUGGUCAAAUAAUAAGAAAAAACUUUGUGGAGCCGCUGUAAUAUUGUUUUAUUAUUAUUAAACAGAUUUGUCAGAAAUUAUAACAAUACAAACGUUAAAACACUUUAAAUCGCAAAGAAAUUACUGUCGUUGUGGCGACCAUUAAGGAUCAUUAAUGUAAACUGCAAUUACUUCUCUCGGAUUGCCACGUGAAUGAUGUAACCAUUUAAGAAACAAAAAAAAAAACCGCGCUGUUGUUAAAAUCGACCAUUUGAUGCAUGAAAAGAGCAGAAAGUACAUACACAUGAGCAUGUUUCGUUUUAAAUCCGUGUGUUACCGUUGCCGAAUAAUUUGUUUGCAACUAAUGCUUAAAAACGCGGUUUGCGUAUGACCAAUGCUAGCAAAACCGAGACAGAAACAAUAUGAUUGUUAUACAAUAAACAGUAAUUACGUACUUCAGAGAAAUAAAUGGAAAUUCAUACAAAUAUUAUCAAGUUGUUGAAAUUUCUGCCAGAGAAAUCCUCCAUGGACACUACAGUAGUUAUAGCCAUCAUGUUUUCAUAUCAAAAUUAACCCAAAAUAAAAUAAAAAGAUACCAUAGAAUUCGACUUAUCUGUUGAUUAUGACACGUUUAUGCGUGACUUCCAGUUUUAGUUAAAAGAUAAAUGGACCGUGCUCUGUGAAAGGGGGUUAAAAACAGAAGCGAAAAGUGUCGUCCCAUAUUAGAUUGUGUGGUCUGCACAGGCUAAUCAGGGACGACACUUUCCGCUUUUAUGAUAUUUUAAUUUAAAGAAAGACUCUUCUUGGCAAAAAUACAGUGUAGGCGGAAAGUGUCUCCCGGAUUAGCCUGUGCGGACUGCACAGGCUAAUCUAGGACGACACUUUGCGCAUAUGCAUUGAACACCCUUUUCACAUAGCGGGGCUAAAAUACAGAACAAUAUUGGUAUACGUGUACGUGUGUUGUUUACCACGUCUUCUUUAUCAAGCGUGCGUGUGUCAUAAAACCCAACCAAUCUGUCUAAUUUCGUCUGCAAUGGCCAAUUACUAAUUACAAACAUCAAUCCCAAAUUACUUUUCGAGGUAUACGCUAGACGAUGUCUGUGAUACAUUCAUUUUAAUAAUUGGUUAUGCCAAGUUGUUGUAAUACCGCGUUUUAUUAUCUUUUACGAUACAUUUUUCUUACACUUGUCAUUGGUUGAAAAGUAAUGAUGAGAAUACCGCAUGAUUUCAUUAAUUUUGUUAAGUUGUCGCGUGCAAAAAUGAUGUGUCACUUGUUCAAAGGUCAAGGUUUUUUCCAUAUGUUUAAGGUAAACUAUGGGAUAAAACCUCUUGUAUCGACUGUAGCUAUAUAUUUAUGAUACAAUUUUAAUAUCUUGCAUCAUUUAAUCAACGUGUUGAGACAGCGAGAAAAUCUUUGUCUUAAGCCAACAGGCUACAGUAUAUAGUAUACCAUUAGCGCUAAACAUAGCUCCAACCCAGCCUGCGAAUCGACGAAGUCUUGCGAGAAAAUACCCUGUCGACUAAUGUAAACAUGAAACCUUGCGUUCCUUUACAGCAGAUAGCGUUGCUCGUGACAAGAAUUUGCGAUUUUUGUAAUACCAUAUGCGACCAGCGUACCUCAAGCCUACCGUGCGCAUAUGACAUAAGACCCAUUUUCUCACGACGCGGGUAAUUCAUAUGAUUACUGGAAUAGUUGGCUUCUUCAUCAACAGGAGAGUUUACAAUAGUUGUGCAUGUAUUAGCAUUUUAUUAUCAACCAUCCGUAACGUGAUGUUAUAUAAUAUUUAUUUUUCACCUAAAACCUUAAAAUAUUGAAAUACUGAGAUUGAAUUCUAUGAACGAUUGUUUCGCCAUCAAGCAAGUAACUCGAAUAAUUGCCAUGUGAACAUAAUUACUGUAUUGUCUGAAAAAUAAACUCACUCUUG